AUGGAUGCUUUGAUCUUCACAUUCCUGCUUUAUGGUUUGAAGGCGGCGUCUUCCUUCCACGCCGCCAUCUAUGAAUACCACGCCAUCGACACACAAAAGACUUGGUACGACGCACAACAACACUGCAGGACGCACUACACCGACCUGGCCACGUUCCGAAACAUGGAGGACAUAGAGCGUUUCCAAAGACCCGCCUCCUUCACUGGGAACGCCUGGAUCGGGCUUUUCGAUGACCCCGCCUCCUGGAAGCGCGUGAUGGGGAACGAGUCCAACUCCUGGAGAUGGUCUUCCACUGGGACCACCAGCCCCGGGGGGUACCAGAACUGGUUAUCGUCAGAACCGGACCAUCAUGGUGCCACUAACUAUUGUGGAUUGAUACGGGACGGACUGUGGGGCGACGGGGGGUGUACGAGCCAGCUCCCGUUUGUUUGUUUUACAGAGUCCCCAGAUGGUUCCAGACACUUCACUCUGGUCUCUGCUGGGAAGACCUGGUCCGCUGCUCAGACUCACUGCAGACAGUACUUCACAGACCUGGCCACAAUCCGGAACGAGGCCGAAAACGCCGCCGUGGCGUCAGUUCUGGUCGCGAGCCAAUGGACGUGGUUUGGUUUGUACAGACGGCCCUGGCGCUGGUCCGACGGCAGCACCAGCCCGUUCAGACGCUGGUUACCAGGGCAACCCAACAAUGGCAACGGAAACCAACACUGCGUUUGGGAAUCGGACGCUCGAUACUGGAACGAUAUGCCGUGUUCGAACCUGCAGCCGUUUGUCUGCGCUAAAGGUGAGUGA